GUGUAUCACAUUCAGAUUUGGGAGCUGAAGUAUAUGCAGUAACAGUGAGCGAUCAGUACAAAGCGGACGAACUCUUGGCUUAUACGGCUGAUCCAGAACGUCUUUUGAUUCGAUUGAAGGACCAUGAACCAGAAUUCACCAAAUUGGUUGCACUGAAUGAGUGCCGAAAGGAGAAGAGCGAUCAGCUGAAUGGAACCACUGAGAGCGUUGCGCAGCCGAUCCAAGCUUCCAAGUCUCCAGUACCAUCAAGCAGCACCAAUAAACUACUAGAGCCAGAA